UCCUCAUCCGAUGCCGCUGAUGGAACAGUCUAUCUCUGGAACCUACAUACAGGGUCAGUUCUGGGUUCAUUCAAACAGAACAUUACACCACUACAGUCCCUUGCUCUUGUCAACAACCCUCGCAAUCUUGGCUCAGUCUUUCUUAGUGCUCAAGCUGACAAAGGAAUAAUGCAUGUCUAUAAUUUUCAGAAGGAUCAAGUUUAUAUGAAAUUUCCUUUGCCGGAUAAAUUAGUUUGUCUAGCAGCGUCUAAUCGUGGUACUUAUUGUGCUGGAGGAACAGAAAGUGGUCGUAUCCAUAUCUGGGAGAUUGCAACAGGAAUUCUUCAUCGCACUUUUGACGCCCAUUACAGGAAAAUCACUGUUCUACGGUUUUCAGCUGAUGACACGGUCUUGUUUUCAGGAAGUGAAGAUGCAGUGGUUCAUGUGUGGAUGAUGAAUACUAUUCUGGACGACUCACAAACAGAAUCACCAGCCCCAUAUUAUUCAUGGACGGACCACACACUUCCUAUCACUGAUAUCCAAUGUGGUGUGGGUCGGUUUCAUGGUGCUCGUGUUGUGACAUCUUCAUUGGACCAUACUUGUAAACUCUGGGAUUUGUCGACAGGAGCACUGUUGACAACAUUUUUGUUCCCAACAAAGAUUCUGGCGAUUGCGUUUGACCCUGCAGAGAGAUAUUUCUUGGCUGCAUCAGGCACACCAGCAUCUACAUCAUCAACAGCUAACGAGGCGGAUUACUUGAUUUAUCAGGCGAUGUUAUAUAGAGCGAAACAUACCCAACAGGGGUACACAACAAUUGAAUCUGUGGACGGUGAUUCGGGCUUAGAACAGAUUGGAUUGGGGGGAUCCAAGAGGAAUGGUAGCAAGAGCGCAGAUUUGAUCUUUAGAGGACAUCAUCACCCAAUUCUUAGACUAGCCUUGAACUUUGAUGGAUCCGCGUUGGUCAGUGGAGACUCAAAGGGCCAUUUGAUGGUUUGGGACGUUGCUAGUCGACAGAUGGUCCGAGAUAUC